ACACGCACGCAGACGACAGUCAGUGCGCACACCGAUACGUAUCGCGACCGGCUGGUUCGAACACGCGCGCGCACGCACGCACUGCCCAUAUAAUAUCGUUUACUGUGUGAUAUAAUAUUAUAAUAAAUCGUAAUUAGAAUAUUUUGUCCCUCUCACAGGGCUUGUCGACCGAGAGAAUUUUUCGCGCGCAGUGCUCCGUUCAUUUAGUCUUUCUGGUUUCGUGCCCACGCGGGUUAUCGAUUCGAAUUUCAAACGUGCCCGUAGUACGACGGUUUUCCAAACGUCAGUCGCGAUCACAGACACCACGGAUAAUAAUAUAGAACGAUAGUAUUUUUAAUUUAUCGAUUGCCGAAAAAGUUCAACCGGUUCUUAUCGGUUAUCCACCCCUCUGACGAAUCGGCGGUCAGUCGACGGUGCGAAAUAAUAUUAUCGACUGCGUCCGCGGCGAUCGUUAUUUAUCUAUACGUUCAUCCGCGUUGUCGUUGUUUCCAUUACUCGUUCGGUGCACUUACCUGUCGACGUUUUGGAUAAUACGACAAUUGCACUCGGUGCUCAGGACAAGCCAUACACCCCGUCGAAGAAACGCGUCCGUGGUUAUAUGGAGGAAUUUCAGAGACGACGUCCGGUCGGUUAGGUUAGGAGGCAUGACCGGAUCGUUGCGUCUGAGCGCCCUGCUGUUGCUGUUGCUGUCCCGCUGGGCGUCCGCGGACCUCGAGAAGGGCGAGGACGAGUACGUCCGCAGCUGGGUCAUCAUCGAGGAACAGCUGGUGCCACCGUCUAGGGACGAGCCGCUGGCCACCGGCGGCGUGGGCACCGCUGGCGGUGGCGUCGGUGGCGGCGUGGCCGGUCGGCGGAUCACGCCCAAGUCGGUGUUCGUCGCCCCAUCGUUCAACAAGUGUUCAGACGGUUACCGGCCCGACAGCAUGGGCCGGUGCGUCAAGGUGGUCAAGAUCAACCAGGCGGCCCAGUGGGACUUUCUGAUCAAGCAGCUGAAUUCCAUGUACGGCGCUGGUGGGGGUGGCGGGGGGAUUCCCCAUGUUGCCGGGUGCCUCGGCGUACCAGCCGGCCACCACGACGACCACCGACCCGCCGUCACAGAAGACCGAUAGCCCCGGACCGUUCCAACUGAACAUACCGUUGGGCGGCGGCAUGGUCGGUGACGUGGACUCCUCGUACAACCAGACGAUGGACUCCUUGGACGAACUCACUACCGGCACUACCACCACGGCCGGAACCACCACGACAACCAAUCCAACUACAACUACAACUACUACCGCCGCUGCCACCUCCACAACCGUUGCGGACGACGAAGACGACGACACCGCAACCACCGACCAUCCCAUCACGACCACAGUCGACGGCGACCUGGACGACCGCACUGCCGUGACCGUUACCGCGACCGCUGUCACGACGGAUCCGGCGAAUACCGCGAGACCCCGACCGUACCGUAACCGCUACCAGACGACGCACGCUGAGGACGUCUCCACUGUCACUCCGCCUUCUUAUGACUUGACUACCACCGUGACGUACGCGAAAACAAAGUACGUGGACAGUAGUAAAACGACGAUUGCAGGGACGGAAGAUUCGCCGCAGACCUUCAAGACGACUGCCAGCGCGUUACCCUCGUCUUCGUUUUCGUCACCUGUAGUUACCACUACCGCGGUUGACGUGACGGAGACGGACAAUCCGGUGACGGCUACUACUCCGCCGGAAACCGAAGAAGAGGACGUAGUGACCGUACUAGCCGUGGCUGCCGCCGCCGCAGUCAACGGUGACGGCGGUAUUGGUAGACCGGUUAGUACCACACGGCUGCCGUACACAACGGGUGGAAGGACCCAGUCGCCGGUCAUGGACACGGUCACGCCCGAAUACUACGACGAUCAACCGGAAGAGCCAACGUCGUCACCGGAACCAGAUUGUUCGACUCCGAACGCGUAUCGGUAUUACCCGUUGUGCGCGAGUAUCCGGCAGCAGCAACAGUUCGAGCAGCUCCAACAACAGCAGCAACUGCUCCAUCAACACCAACAGCAGCAACAGUUGUACCAGCAACAGCAGCAACAGUUCUAUCACCAACAGCAGCAGCAGAACAACCACAUGGCCACCGCGCUGGUCAAGCGUCCGGCCGCCGGUGGUGGAGGCGUGCAAGUCCGGUUCCCAGGAGACGAAGACCCGGCUUCGGCCACGGUGCAGGCGGACAGCGUGAACCUGAUCAGGUUCCCCGGACCAGCCCCGUACAGAACCACCAACAAGAUGUACGAGAGCAGCAGGCAUCCCACGUGGUGGCCGACGGGUUGGCCGGAUCAACAACAGCAGCAGCAGCAGUUCGACGACUCAGUGCAGCAGCAGCACCGGCUACAGCACCACCUGCCCCAACAGAAACAGGACGUCCGGCUCUGGGAAUUCGGGUCCAGACUUCCGAAAACCACGUCGACCACGACGGUGGCCCCUCCGCCCCCUACCCAGUGGUACCAGAGGUUCUUUUGAUCGAGUGAUACUUACGCCGCCGCGCCUUUCCCAUCAUCAUAAUACAUAUUAUUUUAAUUAUCUUACGCUAAAUAUUAUAAUAUAAUUAUACACACCCCCACGCCGUUCUAUUAAUAUAAUAUUUUUAUCCUUUUUUGAAAAUAAGUUUUUACUCAGUAUUUCGGCACUAGUUUAUUCAUUAGUUAUUACUUAUUUUUAUUAUUAUUAUUAUUAUUGUAUUUUUGUUGCCAUAUUAACGUCCGUAGAAUAAUAUCAUAUUAUUAUAUUCGUGUUUUGUAUUUUAUUUCAGUCACAUGCGUUUUGUUUAUGUUUCAGCUUCAACUGCGUAAAUAAUUUAUAGUUGUAGUAGUAGCUAGUGUAGCGUAUAAACUCUUUAUGUAUAUAUAUAUGUAUACACGAUAUACGUAUAUAAUAUAUAAAAUCAAUAUUACGAGUAACAGAAGAAAAAAAUUGCCACACAUUAAUAUUAAUAAUAUAUCCCGCUGCUAUAAACUUUAACGUUUUGUCGUAAGACCAAUAACAUAUUUUUAACCGUACUAUGAUUAUUGUUUACUUAUUGUUUGUUUGUUUUUUUUUUUUUAUAUAUAUAUUUAUAUUAUAUAAUAUUAUUAUAUUAUCAUGAUAUAAAUGAUUUGAUGUAAAUAAUCUUUAAGCGUGUUCCUAUUAUAAGAUCACGGCCUCUAGUUGUGCGAAUAGCUGCUGCCGCUCGAUGUAUUAGUAUAUUAUGUAAAUAAUCAGUAUCACAAAAAUGUACAGUACGCAAAUGCAAUGCAGUGUAAUAUAAUACUUAUAUACAAUUUAUAUUAUUAUUACCAUAAAUAUUAUAAUUUAAUAAUAUUGUUAUAAUAUCGACGUACGAACUAUCGCACGCAACGGGCAUAGUACAAUCAUUAACGCCAGUCAUAAUAGUUCCGCCUACGCAUUGUGCAUUUUAUAUUAUAUUAUACGCGUCAUUCAGAUCGAACGAACUAUAUUAUUAUAAUAAUUAUUAUUGCUGUAUCAAAUUUAUACACGACGAAACACAAAAUUUGUUCUAACGUUAAAUAAAAAAAAAA